UGGACAGUGGCGUUGAAAUACAGACUAUCCUUCAGUUACCGUACGAGAUACAGCUCGUGGUGCUCAGCUUUCUCGAUGUCCCGGAGAUUCUGAGCCUCCGACAGGCAUGCCAUGCAUUAUAUAGAACAACUCAAGAGAGGACCCUCUGGAUGGGAAUACUGCAAAGCCAGAUGGAGUAUCUCCCUCUUCCCUGCGGUAUCCUUGAUACCUAUCGCCACAAGGACCAACACCUGCGCAACUACCCAGACCAUGUCAUAGAGACGUCCGCUCGACACGCCCGGCAUUCGGCCAGAUUGUGGCUACAGCCUCGUCACCAACCUCACAAGAGACUCCGUCGGGAAGACAAGGGCAUCAGCCUGUUAGGACUGCAUCUACUAGGAGAGCGAUGGCUGUUGGUUGUUUACGCUGAAGGCGUGGCCUACCUGUAUGACACGGAGGCUGGAGGUCAUUCGAAAUUGAACUGUGGACAAAUCCCUCGUACGGGACCGAUUCUUAGGGCUUGUCUAGCUCAGGAACCAACGAUUUGGGCCUCACAUGCCGUCUCAUUCGAUCAAGCAAAGCAAAAGCUUUUCGUGUCGUUUUCUCGGUCGCACGCGCCGUAUUUCGUCCAACUGUACGAAGUUGACCUGCUCUCGCUGGCACAGACGUCCAUCAUUAUAACGAACGCCUUUUCCCUCCUCCGCACCAUUUCCUCUCCUUCAAACAGGAUAGUCCGAACACUUAACGCCACCUCACAGCUGCUUGUUACCUCGAACUCUAGCCUCGUCGAGAUCGUAAAGUGGGACGAUGACGCGGAUGGUCUGCGCAGAUUUACGAUUCAAGUCAGGCCGGAGGACCUGGAGGACCUGGGGAACGGCGUCGUCUCCGCACAGUUCAUGGGACCAUACAUCUUGAUCUUUAAGACACGUUCUUUGGAACUACAUGAAUACACUCCGUUUAGCGACGACGCAGAGUCUUCUGACGAGUUGAUGUCUAGUUCGCCGACGACACUUAAAGAAUCGUUUACCAUGACCUUUCGUGACGUGUCGUUCUCUCACUGCUCCGUUACCCACCACCCCGCCACCGAGACGGAUGUGUGCGAAACCAGCCUUCUGGCCUACGACGUCAUCCAUGGUCUCUUCCAGUACGACGUUACGCUGACGGUAUCGACCACCUCAGCCCUCCCUCCAGUACUCGACGUGCAGCUGAAAGGUGUCUACCCUUUGGCACUGGGAGCUUCAAACCUUUAUAUACCCGCCCCGCCACGAGUCGAGCCCCUGGCGACCCCGCUGCUGAUCACAUACUCCUCGAACUUCAGCCCCUCGCCCACACCACCAUCUGUUAGCACACAGUUCCUGAGGAGCACCCAUGGGUCAGGGGUGUCGACGCCAACGCCUCUGACCCAGUUCGCCGCCGAGAGUGCCUCGAGAGGCUUCGUCAGUGCUCAUCGGAUGGGCCCACAGGGCAAACGUGCCGUGUGGAUCGAGAGGAAGAGGUCGAGUACUGCUCGAGAAGUUCAGGUGUGGAGUCGCGAACCUCCAAGUGCCAGUGGAAAUGUGUCGGAAGGACCCAACAAGCCCCUAGCUAUGGAGAUUGAGAGACGAGUGGUAUUUUCGUUACACUCAUAUGACUUGCGAGGUGACAUCACUUCGUGCGCAUUUAGCGAGUUGAAUGGGACCAUAUUCCUCGGUCAUAGAUCGGGAGAUGUCUCUGUUCUACUGCUGUCUUGAG